GGUAAGUGAAGAAAAGGAGGUGACAGAAGAACGGCUGAAAGCUGAACAGGAGUCAUUUGAGAAGAAGAUCAGACAGCUAGAGGAACAGAAUGAACUUAUCAUCAAGGAAAGGGAAGCUCUGCAGCAGCAGUACAGAGAAUGCCAGGAACUUUUGAGCCUUUAUCAGAAGUACCUAGCUGAGCAGCAGGAAAAACUGUCACUCUCCCUUUCUGAACUCAGUGCUGCCAAGGAACAGGAACAGAAGGUAUCCAGUAAGAAAAGCUUAUGCCAACAACCAUCUUUGGAGCUAGAUGGUUCCUACUUGGGUAUUGGGCGACCUCAAACUUUUUAUAAGAACAGUAGAGCAUCAAAGCCUGCAAGCCCAGCCCGUGCUGCAUUGUCUCAGCCUUGCAGAAAUAAUCAUGGUUACAGGACUGAAACCCAUUACAACCAUCAGGAGUGUCUAAAGGAAUAUCCGGUAGAAAAUGGCUUGCACAGAAAGUGUAACAAUGUGAUUUCCCCAGCCAAGCAGAGGAGCCCUCAUCAUGUAAAACCAGCUCAAGAGAUGGACCAGAAAACAAAUGAAUUUCAGAGCACAUGCCCUGUGAGUCAUGGUUGUGCCUGUGGGCAUGUCGGGAGCUCAGGGAGCGUGCAAGAGAGCCGCCAUGUCGUCCAGGUACUUAGAAGACACUCUGGGCCAGUUCACAAAACCUGUGAUUAUUCCAGGCGCUCUCAAGUUUCUGGGCUGAAUGACAGCAUGGACUCAGGGGCUAAAGAAACAGAGCAGGCUAAAAGGUUGUAUGAAGAAAGAAGGCAGAAGCUGCUUCUCCAGAAAAUGGAGCUGGAAAUUGAAAAGGAACGACUCCAACAUUUGUUGGCUAAGCAAGAAGCAAAACUGCUCCUAAAACAACAGCAACUACACCAAUCCCGGAUGGAUUAUAACAGGUUUAGAGGCCAUGUACCUGGCUCAGAAGAUGUGCCCAUUGAUGAAGCAGCUGGAGAACUUGCUCUGAUGAUGAACAGCAACAGCGUGGGGCUAAGCAUACCAGUGUUGAAAUGUGAAGAUUAUUUUCCAAGGACACUUCCAGUGAGCAAAACCUCCAGAACACCAGGCAGCAGUGGUGGUAGCAGUUUGGGGAAGAAAGUGGUUGGUUUAGGUGCAAACGUGAAAGAUGGACAAACCCUUCUGAUGCAAACCAAGAGGGAAGGCACCAAGUCAAGGAAAGGGACAACUUCAGGACCUAGGAAGGACGCAGCCACAUCUCCUGUGCUGAUAGGCAGCAGCAAAGACCUUGCAACCACAGCCACAUCACCAAUCCAGCAUGACACUUCACGGUAAGCCCCUAGGUAAUCUCUGGUUUAAGAUUCUGCAAACACAACCAUCAAAUUCUCCUAGAUGCAGGGAAGUGGCUGAAUUUCUAUGAUAUUUCAUAUUAGCACGAGCUGGAUAAUAUAAACUAAAAACUACCAUAUCCUUUUGACAUUUAUAGUAAGCCUUAAAUUGCUUGUUAGAAUAAGAAAAGUGGGAAUAUGCCAAGUUCUAACAUUUUAACGUUACUUAGAUUUUGAACAGAAAGUAUUUUAUGUUUGAAGUCCUGACACAUUAAAUACAUUUGUAAAUAAUUUGAAUGGAUGGUGUGAACCCCUGUUAGGUUUUAAAUCCACUUGAAGAUUUUAAUCCCCCUGUAUUUGCUCCCCUCCCCCUCCAUUUUAUCAAAUGACAUUUCUUUUAAAAUGUUUUGUACUGGAGUUACUUUAUGUUUAAUGACAAGCAACAAAAUCACAUUAAGUCAGCAGUUCCUGAUUGUACUAUAUAUCUGCACUAAAUGCACUGGAAAAGCAGCAUUAUCACUUAUGCUCCAAUGGAGAAACAGAAAGCAGCAUUGUUGUUAGACUUAGGAGUCUAAAAACAACUUGCCUUCUUUAGGCAGGAUUACAAUUCUAGCAGUAAGUGCCUAGAAAACCAACAUACAAUCCUUGCUUUUCUUUAUCAUAUCCCACAUGUUCUCAUAACAAAAUCUUUAGUUAAGUAACAAAAUAAAUGCAGAUUAAAGUACGAUUUUGUUGUAUUUUACACCACUUGUUAGAUGACUUUGUGCAGUGGGAUGACAAGAAUGUAUAGCUGUUCAUAAGAAGAGUUAAAUGUUUCUUGGACAACGAGAGGGCUGAGUCAGAUUUAAUCUUCUCUUGGCCCAGUGGACUAGGAAAACCUAUGCUUGAUAUCAUCCUUGUAUUCUUGGCAGCAGCUGGCAGUUUAUUUCUAUCUUCUGAGAGAACUUGUGAUAUAUAAUAGGUGAAAAAACCACUAUCAAUAUUGACAAAUUUGUAGUUACUUGCUAUAGAAACACUGUUUUUUUCUUCUGAAGGAAGGGAUGAAAUUCUGGGAGGAUUUAAGAACUGAGAUAGAGUGGGCUCUGUUUCCCACAGGUCACUAUGUUUAAACAAGCAGAAACCACAAGAUUGCCUAACCAUUUCUCUUAGAAGUGCAGGUUACCUUUGCAAGCCGGUAAUAUCAGAUAAAGAUACUGCUUGAUAUGGUGUAAUAGUGAUAAGUUGAGAUUCUAUUCAAGCACAAGGAGUAGAUGUAAUUAUUCACAUCAUACAACAACUGCUCUGAAAAAGGAAUUUUAUUAAAGAGAAUUGAUGGUCCAUUCUUUUCCACAGAGGGGAGUAAAAUAAUUGUUGAAAUAUGGUGUUAGAAAUCAUAUCAGAUAAAGUGAUCAGUAAAAGGAGACUGAUUAGCUGUCAUCAUUAAAGGUUGAUUUUACCAAUUGAUGACAAAUUUUGAAAAAUCCUCUAUUUCUGGGGUGCUCUCUCCCAUGCUUCCUCGCUUGCUUUCUUUCCGUUGGUGCUGUAAGUAUAAUUGACCAGUUUAAGCAGACAUGUUGUGCUUUCCCUUACUCAUGGCCUUCUCUAAUUGAAAAUGGUAAAUGGACAAGUAUUUCUGUGGAGACCUAAAGCUGAUCCUAUCCUUCAUCAAAAAACCUGCUUGGGCAGCAGGUCAGUCUCAAUUUAUCACUGAAUGGUUAUAAGCUUAGACUGCAGGUUUAACUAACUAAAUUAAUCAAUAUUGAGAAUUAUUGCUGCUUUUGUGCCACUAAAGUUAGGGUUUGUCAGCAUGUUCGUUAUAAUCUGUGAUUUGGGGGGGGUUAACAGCUUAACCACAACAGUUGGCAUGGGCCUGAAACUUGCAGCACAAAGCCCUAGCCUAAAAGCAAAUUUAUUUAUUCGGCAGUACAUGUAAACCUAAUUACUUUUGACUAUUUAAAUUUAUAGGACUAGAUUCAACUCAUGUUUGUGCCAGCUUCAACUAGCACAAACCCUGGCACCCGGCAGUAGCAGCAAUGGAAAGCCUGCCAGAGAGAAGGUGUUGGAAAGCAACAGAAGCUCCCUGCCAGCGCCAGGCAUCAGGGUGCUAGCGCAGCUUCUGGGGAGGG